UGGUGUCACUCACAGUCCAGGACAGUGUGGACAGGGAAGCAGGCGCGUUUCUGCUGGUUGCAGGGCCAUCCUACCAGUUGGAGACGUUGAGUGGACUCUGAGGGCCUUUAUCCUCUCCCCUUCCCCAACUCAGAGACCCGUAACUCUUCCUCAGACUGCUCAUGCCUGCUUCAAGCCGUGAUAGAUUCAAGUUGUAAGAGGAGCCAAGCAUCAGUGAGGUGGGGACAAGGAGAGGACCCCCUUGCACCCUUGGGAGCUCCUGCUUGGCAUGUCGGCCAUGUGGGUGCCCCGGCUGCGCGCGCUGCAGCUGCUGCUCCUACUGGGCGCGUCCUGGGCGCGAGAGGGCGCUCCGCGCUGCACCUAUACCUUUGUGCUGCCCCAGCAGAAGUUCACAGGAGUCGUGUGCUGGAACCGACCCGCGGCCUUACGGCCAGCGCCAGAGGCAGUGAACGCCAGCGAGGUGGCGGCGCUGCGCUUGCGCGUGGGCCACCAUGAGGAGCUACUGCGUGAGCUGCAGAGGUUGGCGGCGGCCGACGGCGCCGUGGCUGGCGAGGUGCGCGCUCUACGCAAGGAGAACCGCGGCCUGAGCGCGCGCCUGGGCCAGUUGCGCGCGCAGCUGCAGCACGAAGCGGGGCCGGAGGCGGGCCCAGGGGUGGGGCCGGGGACGGAGCCCGGCGCCGCGCUGGCCCUGCUCGGGGAGCGGGUGCUGAACGCGUCAGCCGAGGCGCAGCGCGCAGCCCUCGGCUUCCAUCAGCUGGAUGUCAAGUUCCGCGAGCUGGCGCAGCUGGUGAGCCAGCAGAGCGGCCUCAUCGCACGCCUGGAGCGCUUGUGCCCAGGAGGCGCGACCGGGCAGCAACAGCAGGUCCAGCCACCACCCCUGGUACCUGUGGUCCCAGUCAGUCUGGUGGGUGGCACUAAUGACACAAGCAGGAGGCUGGACCCAGCCCCACAGCCCCAGAGAGAUCAGACCUUGAGACAGCAGGGGCCCUUGGCUUCUCCUAUGCUUGCAGGGCACCAUGGCAUACCUACCAAGCCCAAGCCAGCAGGCCCAUGGUGGGAUUGUGCAGAAGCACACCGUGCAGGCCAUAAGCAGAGUGGUGUGUAUGAGCUGCGAAUGGGCCGGCUUGUGCUAUCAGCAUGGUGCGAGCAACAACUGGAGGGUGGAGGCUGGACUGUGAUCCAGCGGAGACAAGAUGGUUCUGUCAACUUCUUUACUACUUGGCAGCACUACAAGGUGGGCUUUGGGCAGCCAGAUGGGGAAUACUGGCUGGGCCUUGAACCUGUGUAUCAGCUGACCAGCCGUGGGGACCAUGAGCUGUUGGUGCUGCUGGAGGACUGGGGGGGCCGGGGAGCACAAGCCCACUAUGAUAGCUUCUCCCUGGAACCUGAGAGUGACCACUACCGCCUGCGGCUGGGCCAGUACCACGGUGAUGCUGGAGACUCUUUUUCCUGGCACAGUGACAAGCCUUUCAGCACCGUGGAUAGGGACCGAGACUCUUAUUCUGGUAACUGUGCCCUAUAUCAGCGGGGAGGCUGGUGGUACCAUGCCUGUGCCCACUCCAACCUCAAUGGUAUAUGGCACCGCGGUGGCCACUACAGAAGCCGCUACCAGGAUGGUGUCUACUGGGCUGAGUUUCGUGGUGGGGCAUACUCUCUCAAGAAGGCUGCCAUGCUGAUCCGUCCCCUGAGGCUGUGACUAUCUGUUCAUCUGUGCCUCAGGCCCCAGGAUAGCCCAGGAUCUUGG